AUGGAAGUUAUUAAGUCCAACAAAGGUGGGAACAAAAUUUGUUGGAGAGGAUAUACAUAUAUAAUGAAACAUCAAGGACGUAAACGAUUAACGUGGAGAUGUACAAAAGAACGUUCAUUGAAAUGUCGCGGAACAAUGUACACGGACUUACAGAUUGGACAUCCUCAAAUUGGAAAAGUCCAUAGUCAUAUAGCUGAUAAACACGAGGUGAAUGCAAUAAAAUGUAUAUAUAAACUGAAAGAGGCUGCAAAACAAACUAAAACGAAUCCAGCGGAAAUAUAUGCCGAAAAUGUGAAGACUUUAGACGCACAAUCACAAGCUUAG